GCCACUAGGAGGAUAAAGAUACGGAAAAUGGAUCGUUGCACUUGCAUGUUGCACUGCCUGUGCGUGUGUGAGAGUGAGGCGCGUGGCACAGACUGCAGACCGAUGUCACCGGAGCUUUAUCGCGCCGCUGGAUUUCGCGGUCCUGUUCCUGCAGCCACCCGUGAAAUUUUCACAAAAACCAUGAACAUUCUAUGCCUCAUCGUUUCAUCGAUACUACUCUUGCUUUUCAUAGGUUUCCUGAAAUGGUUGAUCGGCUUGUACAUACCGAUGGUAGGUCGUUGGGGCUUAGAUUCUCUAUUGGAAACUGGCGGAAUGUCGGAGUACUUCGAACGAGAAUUAAAAUAUAAAUACGUGGUGACGGAUGAGCACGGUGCACCGGUGCAUCCGGAUACGCGCAAGAGAACCGUCAGGAUAUGUAGCAGGAAGGCGGAAUUCUUCUUGAACACGAUGUUCUUUUUGAUUUUUCCGUUCGCAAUUUGCUGCCUCCGUCUUAAGAAGUCGUUUCGUCGACCCGCCCGAAGACGUUGUUGCUCGGAUGAAUCUAAAAUCAGUUUGACGAGCGACAGGAGCGAACGUAUAAAAACGAUCUGCGUGAGCAUUUACGGCGAUAGUCGAGAUUCGCGAAUGGAAGCCGAGGACACCAAAUAUGUGAUGGACGAAUUGAAGAAAUCUGAGGAAUCGUUACGUAGCCGUACUAGAAGUAAAGUAAGAAACAAGAGAAAGAAGCAGUUUCACAAAAGAAUACCGCUCGCGCCAUUAACACCGCCCGGGAACUCGAAAUAAGUUUGACGUAAUUGCCACAGAAACUUCAGAAGUUCGUGUCUCGAGGAUCUCACGUUCAAGUCUUCAGCUAUCGGUAAUGUGUUAAUGCUAAAAUAAUGUUGUAAUGUUGUAAUGUAUAUGAAAUAUUAUAAUCAAUAAAUGUAAUAACGUAAAUAUCAGU